GAAGAGAUGAGCCAUUUAAGAAUGCAAGUAGUAGUAAAACAUAUUGUAUCUGUUAUAGAAUCUGAAGAUUGUUUGUUAAUAAAACUGAAAGAUAUGAAAAGUAUUUUUCAGCCUGUAAGAGUGAGACGGCAUAAUCACUGUAUAAAUGCGGCAUAACCACCAUAUUUAUACCGCAUAAAUACCGUUUAAAUACGGUGCGAACAUUAUAUGAAUACCGUGUAACCACUGUUUAAAUGAGGUAUAACAACCGUAUAAAUACGGUAUAACCGACGUUUAAGUACAGCAUAAAAACCAUAUAAAUGGAGUAUAAUCAUUGUACAAAUACGGUAUAGCGAGAGCGUAAAUACGGUAUAAACACAGUAUAAAUACGGUACAGUCCCUAUAUAAAUUUGGUAUCAACACAAUAUAUUUACGGUAUUAAUACGGUAAUAAAAUUUCACAAACACACCGCAUUUAUACCUAGGGUAUACCGUAAUAAUACUUAUACCCAAAAAAUACUCGGAAAAUACCGUAGAAAUACCGUUAUGGCAAUUCCGCGAGGGGCAACAUUCCAAAGGUUAAUGGAUUUAGUCUUGCGCGGGUUACAAGGAGCUGAUCUCUUUGUUUACUUAGACGAUAUCGUUAUUUACGCACGUUCUCUAGAAGAACACAACACUAAAUUCAAUAAAUUAGCCGAACGCUUGCGAAGUGCGAAUUUAACUCUACAAGCCGAUAAAUGCGAAUUCUUAAAAAAAGAAGUAAUCUAUUUGGGCCAUCUUAUAUCUGCCGACGGUGUCAAGCCUGAUCCGGAUAAAAUAAAAGCAAUUAAAUGUUUUAAAACACCCGGAAGUACGACUCAAGUGAGAGAAUUUCUCGGACUUGCUGGUUAUUAUCGGCGAUUUAUUAAGGAUUUCGCAAAAAUUUCUAAGUGCCUAUCUGAUCUUACAAGUAAAAACGCAAGAUUUACAUGGACGCCUGAACAUCAGGUAGCUUUUGAAACCUUGCGGGAUAAACUAUGUACAGCUCCGAUAUUGCAAUAUCCAGAUUUUUCGAAACCAUUUAUAUUAACGACCGAUGCAUCUAACUACGCAGUUGGAGCAAUCCUCUCACAGGGUAAAAUUGGCGAAGACACAAUUGUAGCAACAGCUUCUCGUGUGCUUAACAAACAUGAAAAUAAUUACUCAACCACAGAAAAAGAAAUGGUUGCAGCUUUAUUCGGUAUGAAAACCUUUAGACCGUAUCUCUAUGGCAGAGAGUUCACUCUUGUCACCGAUCACAGACCGCUAGUUUGGGUAAAUAAUAUGAAUGACCCAACAUCGCGUGUAAUGAGAUGGAGAGAACGGCUUAAAGAAUUCGAGUACACUGUGUUAUAUAAGGCGGGAAAAAUAAAUACAAACGCGGACGCUUUAUCGCGCAAUCCGAUAAUCGAAAACCGUGAAACGUAUCCUAUUAAAAUUAAAUGGCGACCCGGUAAACCAGGAAUCGCUAGAUUAAGGACUUCAGAUCCUUCAGAUGAUGGUAAAGUUAUAAAAAAGAAAUCUAAAUAUCAUAAAAAUUCAGAGUCAAGUAGCUCAAAUGAAAAAUUAAAAUCGAAAAAUAUUAAUAAAAAUAAAUUAAGUUCAGAGGAAAAUACUAUAAAUGAUAAAAUAAUUUGCGAUAAAAAUAAAAUUGCAACUAACUCAGUCGACAGAGUUAGAAAAAUUAAUUCGAAAAUUCAAAUUCUUGAGCAAAAUACUCAAGCGGUCGAUCUACAAGAUUCGGUCGAAAAACGAAAAAUUCUUGAGCAAAAUACUCAAGCGGUCGAUCUACAAGAUUCGGUCGAAAAACGAAAAAUUCUUGAGUCAAAAACUCAAGCGUUUGGGCCUAGAAACCCAGUCGUCAAACCCACUAGCGACAGCAAUAGGAUUAGCUACCCUAACGACCGGCGGUUAGGUAAAAAUAAUAAAAACGGAUAUAUCGGUAAAAAUAAAAAUUUAAAAAAGAAAAGAUCUGACGUCAGACGAUAUAAUCCAUAUGAAAAAUUUUCGAGUACUGAAUCACUAAGCGAAGUUGAUUACAGUAAAAAUAAAAAUAAUAAAAUAAAUACAAAUAAUCCUCAAGAACUAAAAUCCAAUUUAAUGAAUAAAAAUAAUCAAAAUAAAAGCAAGUUAGACUCUAAUGAAAAUUCAAAUUCUAUAAAUAAAUCUAACGAAAAAACGAAAAUAAAUAAAGAUUCUAAAUCAAAUUCAAAUGUUUUAUCAAAUCCAGAAUCAAAUAAACCGAUAAAUCUCCCUGAUUACUCUGACGUAUCAUCGUCAUCAGGAGACAUUUAUGAUGCGGUAGCUCUGAGAAAAAAACUCAUGAAAUAUAACCCUUCGUGUUUAAGUGACGAUUCUUACUUGACAGAUUUCGGGUUGUCUUAUAUAAAUUCUCCAAAACGUAAAAAUUCACGUAAUUUAACACCAUCACCUCAAUCUCUAAAUCCACAGACACCUAAAAGUUACAAAAACACAAAUACUCCAUUAUCAUUAUCACCAAACGUACGAACACAAAAUACAUCCACACAUUCAGACCUAAAUAUACAAACAGAUAAGAGAAAUACAAAAAUUGAUAAAAAUAAACCUAUUCCUUCUCAAAUUAAAAGAACGACCAAGAUGGCAGAAUUUACACCUUCUCCAGCAAUACGUACACGUAGAAAAGUAAAUAAACAAAGCAAAAAAAUUGACAAAAUAAUAACUCCAGAAACUUCAGAUGACGAAUCAAACACUGACGAAACAGAAAUGACUGACUCAAAAAUAUAUUCCGAACAUUCAAAUGACAUUAGUACUGAAUCACCAAUUGAGACAAUCCCUAUCACUCCUAGAACUCCUAUUAAACCCAAAUCCGUAAAUAAUAAAGACAUGGGAGGUGCAAUCCCAUGGUCUUCUGACGAAGGAGGCGACCACGCAAGAAUUAUGGACGUCUCUGCGUUAAUUCAUAACGAACCAGAAAAUAAAAUAAAUAUGUCGACUAAUGACAUAAUAGAAAAAUCUUUCACAACAGAACCCAUGAUAAUAGAAUCACCCGACGAAACAACAACUACCGAAAACAACACAUUAACACACAAAAAAAUAGUCAAUAAAAAUACAGUAAAGACACAAACAAAUACUACUAAAACAAACCCAAAUUUAAAUAAUACAGACAAAAACAGACCUCACGGUACUGAUACUGAACAAACACAUACUAAUAAAAUUACACCAGAACUACGUAGAUCAACUAGAAAACGUAAAAUCAAGACAUGUUCAUGUUGUACAGAUUACGACGAACACACACAUUCACACAAACAGAUUCCGAAUAAAAUACAACAUCUUGCGAAUAACUUUAAAAAUAAAACGAGAAAAUCAACUAGUAAAAAUUCACAACCCAAAUUGCCAGACAUAAUGGUAACUUUAAAAGCAAUUAAACGCCAACAAAAUUUAAAUAAUAAACGUAAUAAUGAUAGAUUGUCAAUAAUAAACGAAAAUCUAAGCCCAAUAAAUUCACAACAGACUAUCUCACGUAAAGAAUCACCAAAUCCUACACUAAAUUCACCUAUUGAUCAUAAUUCAAAAUCGCCUGAACGAAUAAAUUCAUUCAACGACUUAAAUUCCGCUCAACAGAUAAAUUCAGUUGACGACCAAAAUUUUGAACAAAUAGAACAAACACAUUCAUUUAACGACCAAAAUUUUGACGAACUCGAACAAAUAAAUUCAUCUGAUAAUGACGUAGACACACGACAAAAUUUGACACAAUUAAAUUCAGACGGAAACCAAAACAAUUCAAACAACGAUGCGAUAAUAAUAGCGAACGACAAUUUAUCUAACGAAGAAAUAGAUUCUGAUGAUGAUUCAUCCGUUGUUUCAGUAAUGUCGAACGACUUUAGUAACGAUAAUAUAAUAGAAACUAGAGACAAUUUAGAAAUGCAAAAAAAUAGUUAUUUAUGUUUUUUUAAUACAGACGGUCCUGUUACAAGCGAAAUAGGAAAACAAUUAUUAUUAUCAGGAUAUUUAAAUUUGAGUCCAUUUGCUGAUUAUAAAGUAGGUCAAGUAAUCAAAAUGGGAACAUCAAAAAAAAAGAUAAAUAACGGAAAAAUGGACAGCGCAAUAUAUUUCCUAAUCAUGGGACAACUAAUCAUCUCUGCGUUACCAGCGAAUGGUUUUAUUGCAUAUGACUGCGGAGCUCCAGCUAUGAACAUCACCACGCUGUCAUUAUUGAACAUUAAAGAUUGCGACAUCCCAAUAUCACAACCAGCAAAAACUGACACGAAAAUACAAUUACUCCAACUAGUAGAAAUGUCACAUAUACAGGUAAUUCAAUGCAAAAUAAUAUUGAACCGAGCCAUAUAUAACUGCGGGCACUGGAGCCACGUAUCAACAGUAGCCAACGGACACAUGGAAUACGUACAGGAAAUAUCUCGAGAAGCCUGUAAAGGAAUCCUAGAAACUAAGACGUACCGAACUUACGAAACGACCAUAAAAGACAUCUUCUUAAAUAGCACAACAACUCAACCAAUAACUUUGGCUGGGAACGUGGACCUUAAAGGAAACUGUGAGGCGGGUAAAUUUGCCGAUCAUUACGGUUCAUGGACAAAUGUAGUAGUCCACGGACGAAUCUCAAUUACAAUCCAAGACUACCUCGCACCAGUAAACUUACAAAAGAACGAAGUAUUGUUGAGGUCAGGAGUAAAAUGCGCAUACUCAACGGGUAGCUGCAUGGACACAGAGGGCGGAAACACUUACUGGAACCUACUAGAAACUGACCAGUGCAAAUUUAAUAGGUUCAAAGUACUCUACGAAGGACCUGCAGAGAAAAUAAAAGACAUCUCAAUACCUAAAUUCGGUCAAGAAAUAUACUCGGUAACAGCAAAUCAAAUCACUUUUGCACUAUCAGUGAAAGGUUUCAUUCCGGUUUGCGGUUACAAGAUAAUAAAAACAGAACACCCCAAAUUAUUUAUAGUAGACAGCGAGGACAAACACUUCUUUCUGCGUAGAACGACUCUGUCAACAGAAAACAUGGAUAUAUUUGCAUACGUUAACACGAAAAUAGUUUAUCUGGAACACCACCUCAGAAAAGAAAUAACAGCUUUAUAUAAUGACGUAAUGCAGCAACAAUGCGAACUAGAAAAACUGAUAUUACAUAAUACCUUAGCACUAGCCUCUGUGAAUCCAGCAGAAUUCGCGUUCCAUUUCAUGAAACAACCAGGAUACAUCGCACACUUGGCGGGCGAAGUAAUACGACUAGCUAAGUGUGUACCAAUAGAAGUAAAGAAUAGGAAAACAACAGAAUGUUUUCAAGAAUUACCAGUAAUUAGAGGAGAACAGGAAUACUUCAUGCUACCUAAAACACAUGUUUUAGUUAAAACCGGAAACCAGAUUGACUGCAACUCACUGAUACCCCCGCUUUACAAUAUAAACAACGCCUGGUACCAACUACUUCCCCAAAUAUCACCAGCAACGGCGCCAGAGGAAAUAGCGACGAGAACAAAGAUGUCCUGGAAGUACACCAGCCCAGCAAACUUAGCAACAGGAGGAAUAUACUCUGACGACGACUUGGACAGAUUGAGAGAAAAUAUGAUGUUUCCUAUAGAAAAACCAGCAAUUUUAAAUACAAUAGCUAGAGGAGCUAUAGGGCAAGAAAUAAAUUCCCAAGGAAUAUCAUUAAGCAAACUUAUAGACACAAGCGAAAUAAUGGAGAAAUUACAAAAUACAUGGGGAAAAGUAUAUAACUUUUUCAACAUAAUAGGAUCAUUCAGCACUACAUUAUUAGGAAUCUGGAUAACAGGCAAAGCAUUCAAAUUUAUAAUUGACACAGUAAUGCACGCUUUGGCGCUGCACUCAGCUUUCGGUUGGAGCCUAUGGUUGCUCGGUGCCAUUUGGGACUCAUUGACAAACUUCCUACUACAUAGAAACUACGCACACAGCGCCAAAACUACGGACGAGAAAACAGACCACACAGAAUUACAAGUACUUAUCGACAAUGGAAAACAAGAAGAAAAACUAGAAAAAAUAACGCAGAAGGUUGACUUACCUACUAUCGAUGAAAAUAAAAAGAACAAAAUUGAACCUAACGACACACGGUCUACAUCAGAAAUAAAAAUAUUCUCAUAAAAUAAAAUAACUAAUAAUAAGAAAAGGGUUGAAUAAUAAAGAAAAAAAAGUAUACAUAGUGAAAUUUUUUUUUUUUAAAAAAAAGGAAUUUCUUUUUAUUUUUUUUUAAUUAAGUAGAUACAUAUAAUAAUUACCUUACUUACUAACUAAACAAUCAAUGAAUAUUACAUUAAAAUUAACAAUUACAAAUAUUUUUUUUUUAUAAAAAAAAAGAAAUUAAUUACAUUUAAACUAAGAAAGUUUUUAACGUACAAAACUAAACUUUUAAUGAAGAUAAAAAAAAAAAUAAUAAUAAAUAAAUAAAUAAAUGGAUAAUUAAAAAUAAAAAAAAAAAUGCUAGUAAAUUAUAACGAAAAAUAUUAAUAAAGAAAAAAAAAAUAAUAGAAAAAAAAAAAAAAUUUUUUUUGCUAGUAAAUUAUAACGAAAAAUAUUAAUAAAGAAAAGAAUAAUAAAAGAAAAUAUACUAGAACAAAAAAAAAUAGAAAAGAAAUAAUGAUAAUAAUUAAAGGAAAAUAAAAAAAAAAGGAAAAAGAAAAAAAAAUCCUAAAUAACUUAAUUAGAAAUAAUAAUAAAAACAUUUUUUUUUGUCAUCCGACGACUUCACGAGCCGCCAUUUAUUUGGUUUGAAUACAAAAUCUUAUAAAUGAAAAAACAAUUUCUUUUUCUCCGUUUAAAAUAAAUUUAGUCAGAAGCGUAGAAAUACUCCAAUGACGGGAGCUCACUCCACGCAGGAUGAGCCCAAUCAGCAGCUGGAUGAUCGCAUCCCCAGCGGCCCUCGUGCAUCCAGCGAAUCCCGAUGUAGUCGAAAUCAUCGGGCUCGGUGACAUCAGCCGGCCGCAUCAGCCGCUGCUGGAACCACUCGUUCCGAUCAGCUUUCCGCUGCAUUCUCCUUCGCGCCAUUAAAUCAACGGAGACCAUGCCCUUGAUAUCAACACGAUACUCAGGCUAAAAAGAAAAAAAAAAACACAAACGUAAAUAAAAAAAAAUAAAAUUACAAAUAAAAUUUCGAUAGUAAAAAUAUAAAUUAAACAAUACACAAAAAAAGGGGGGUAAAACUUACAUUUUUUACUAGGCAAAUAAAAUUAAAUAAGUCGAACAAUUUCUGAAAGGCGGACACCACCCUUUUAAAAGUCCGGCGGCUGACGGAAACACGCCGUCCGCACCGGGACGCCUGCCCGACCCACAGAAGGACCCGCAGGAGACAAAUCCACAUCCCGGUUAAUGUUAACUAUAAAAAAAAAAAAAAAGAGACAAAUAAAUAAAUACAUUUGAAUAUAAAUACUCAAGUAGAGAAAAGAGAAAAAAAAAAUAUAUGUCAAUCAUAAUUUUUUUUUUCUUCUCUCUCCUCCUAAAAUUUAACAAAAAAAAUAAUAAACAGUAAAAAAAAAAAAAAAAAAAAAAAAAAGGGGAAAAGAAAAUUAACACGUACCAAGGACUCCUGAAAAUAGUAGUUAACUUGGAGCUGCGGCAUCGUAGAAACAGUUAUUAGUUACUAGUUAUAAUAACCUUCUUGGAAAUAGACGAUCACACAAUAAAACACUAACUUUUAUAACAGAUCUCCCCGAACCACUCACUAAACCCCACUCGGAGACAAUAGAUCACACCCAUUCCGAAAUAGGCAAAUGAAAUAUCGGAAAAAGGGCCUCAAACCGAAGAAAACCCCCGCUCCAAACCUAACUAACGCCCACGCGCACCCCUCCGGCGGCUGACACGAACGAAUUUAUAUGAAUUUUUUUUUUACUAUAUAAAAUUUCUCCAAAAUUUUUUUUAUUUUUUUUUAAUAGCGAAAAUAUAUAAUAAUAAUAAUAAAAUUUAUUUAAAACCGUAAGAUGGACGGUGGAGGAAAAGGUCCUUCAUGAUAUGAUGUAAUUUGAUUGGUUUUUUUUAAUAUAAUAAUUACAUUUAUCAUUAAAAUUGUUAUUAUUAAUAAAUAAUAAUAAUAGUAAUAAUGAAAAUAAUAAUAAUAAUAAAAUAGAGAAUAUGCUAUUAAUUGUUGGAACGUUCUAAUGCUGCAUAAGAAAAAAAAUCGUAAAAUUUUUUUUCCCCAACUUUUGUUCACUCAUGGACAAACAUUUGACAUUUUAUGUAUGUACGUAUAUCUUUGAGUUCUUUUUUUUAAAAAAAAAUAUAUAUUGUUUUUUUUUCCAAAAGAAAAGCGAGGCAGAGGAAAUGAAUUUUAUCAGGAAUAUAUAGAGACAAAAAAUAAUAAAUUUUUUUUUAUAAUAGAAACCAAUUGAAAACCCUAGCGGAUCGCUAUCUACUAAGUAUACACCAAAUAUACACGGUGUAUACGCGGCGUAUAUACACUGAGUAUACACUAAGUUUACACCAAAAAUUUUUUUCGAAGUCCCAUUUUCAUAAAAAUUUUUAAGUGCUGUAAGCAAAGUCAAAAGUUUUUUAAGUGUGACUGGAAAAAAAUUUUUUAUAACAAAUACAAAUUUUUUUUUAAUAUUUAAAAUAUAAAUAAUUAGUCAUGCUAUAAAACAAUAAAUUAAAAAAUUAAAAUCAUUUGUUAAAACUACUCUGGUUUUUUUUUCCUCCAUUUUAUCACUCCAAAAACAUACUUUCAAGAUCUAAAUAUGAUCUUUUAUUUAUAAAAAUAAAUAUUUAAUGUUAAUGUAUACCUGUAUUAUAAAAAAUAAUUUAAUAAAACUAUAAAUAUGUUAAUUUUUACAUUUUAUAGACAUGUAAUAAAAAAGAUAACCUCGUUCGUAGUAGGUUAGAAUUUGAGGGUCAACAAAUUCAUCACACCUUUAAAAUUGAGCCUAGUUAUUAACCUUCAAAUUUUAGCAACAAAACUCAUUUUAAUGUUUUAUACGUAUAUUAAAAUAAAUUUUAAUUAAAUAUUGAUCUAUCCAUACAUUUUUAUUAAAAUUUUUUUACUGACAUGAUAAUUAGUGCACAGAUUCAAUUGUUGCACGUUCUAACGUCAACUGCUUAGACUACACUACACUUAAAAAAUGGCUUCCUCAGCCACCUACGACUAAAUCAUUUUUUUUUAUUCAGUUAAUAAUUUCUAUGUUUUUUAAAUUGCCAUUAAUUAGGCUCAGAAUAGAUUACUAUAAAUUAAGAAAAAAUCGAUUUUCUUAUUAAAGUUAUAGUUUUUUAAGUAAGUUAGAAAAAAGUUGAAAAGGUCAGAAACUGGGUCAUGGUCAACAACAGGGUCUUUUACCUUAUGUGUAUAUUUUUUUUUAAUUUUACUGAAAAUUUUAAUUUUUAUAAAAAUGUUAAUUUUUUUUCAGAAUUUUAUUUUUUUUUAUUUCAAUUUUUUUCAAAAAAAUUUUCUUCACAACAUAUGUUCUGAGAACUUCAAAAAUUUUUUUUAGUGUAUACUCGGUGUAAACUCUGUGUAUAUUGUGCGCAUAUACACCGUGUAAAUUCAGUGUAAACUUUGAGUGUAUUUGGUGUAUACUCAAUAUGCACCGAGUAUACACUAAAUAAACCCCUAAUUUACACUGACACUAGGUAUAUAUCGAGUUUACACUAAGUUUACACGGUGUAUACGGAUCCGCUAGGGAACAUUAACGAAUAAAUAUUCGAAAUUACCAUUUUUUUUUAGAGUAAUGGAAAAUUAAUACUUUUUUUUCAUUAAGAGAAACACUUAUAGUAUGACAUAUGAGAAAAGAAAUUAUGGGAAAUUAUAUUGAAAAAAAAAAAAAAAAAAAAAGAGGAGAAAUCUUGUUUUGAAAAAAAAAAUAAAUAAAUAAAUAAAUAAAUAAUAAAUUUUCAGCCUACAAAUCUCGACAUUUUUUUUUAAUUUUUAAGAAUGUGCAACAUUCUUCCAAUACUAAAAUUAUAAAGAAUUAAUAAUAUAGAUAUAUAACGAAAACAAUAUUAAAUUUUAACAUGCAGACCUUAAUUACACAUAAUAUAGAGAAAAAAAAAAACGUUAUAUAUAAUAUUUCUCUCUCCCCUCUUUUUUUUUUUUGUCAUAUAAUAAUAAAAAAAAAGUUAAUAAUAGUAUACAUAUAAAAUUUUUUUUUCUAAUAAAUAAAAUUUUUUUUCUCUUUCUUUCUACAAACAAUAAAAAGACAGACAAAAAAAUGGAAUCGAAACAAAUUCGAAUAAAUAAAAACAAUAUAUUUCAGUAACAAUAAAAAAAAAAAAAUCAUAAAAAUAAAUUUUUUUUAAAAAAAAAAAGAAAAGAGAAACUUGUGACGUAUGAGUUCGUCACCCGAGAUAAUGAGAGGAUUAAAAUAAAACAAAAAUAACUACAAAAGUGUUUGCUAACAUUAAAAAAAUGAUCGGAUUAAAGAAAACGAGAUUUUAAUGUAUGGCCAUUAAAGAAAAAAAAAACGUUAAAAUCGAUGUGGCAAAGAUAAAUAAUUAAAACUAAUAUCAAAUAUUGAAUGAUUUUUUUUUUUUUUUUUUUAAAUUAAUUCGAAUAUUUCAUGUAAAACCUCAAAUAAUAGAAAUACACAAAAAAAUUUAAUGACAGCGAUAACUCUAUUAUUAUAAUCAAUGUUUACACACCUCACAAAUGUAAGAUUGUUCAUAAACACAAUCAUGUUAAUUUCAGUUUUUUUUAUAUAAAGGGAUUCAAAAAGAAAAAUAUAGAUAGAUAGAUAACAUAUUUUAUUCGACCACGAGAUGUAAAUCUCCAUAUAAAGAUAUUUACAUUAGGUUCGAUAUGGAAAAUUAAAAGUAUAAUAAUAAUACAAAUUUUGUAUAAAAAAAAUAUAUAAAUAAAAAUUUGUUAAGUGAUAAGAAAACAAAUUAUCCACAUGCGAUAGAUCGAUACCCUCAAUAUAUCGAACCAAAAUAACAAUCGAAUAUGAUAAAAACGAAGUUUUAUCAGAUUGUGGCAACACUAUUUUAAGUAUUUGGGCUACAGGUCGGUAAGUAGAUUCCAUAAAAACCGGAGAUGGGUAAAAUAGAGAAUUACUGCUGGGACGGUCAAAACCUUUUUUUCCGAGAGGAGAUAAGGCCCAAAACAAGCGGGGCGCUUGUCCACCGGGUGGGGAGGUGUUACGUCCCAGCCUGCUCAUCAGAUGGCUCUGCCAAUUUUUAAAUCUUAAAUAAUAAUAGACCGACCUGAGACCCGCCAAAUCGAUAUAUUUAAAUAAUAGAAUAAUAAUAUAUUUUCUUUAUAAUAAAUAUUAAUAAGUAUGCACUUAAAAAUGAUCAAGUAGAUAAGAUAUUUUUAAUGCAUUAAAAUAUUUAUUCAUCAUCGACAAUUUCUCUAAAAGAAUGUUAAUGAAUAAAAAUAGAUAAGAAUAAUUGUACGACAAAUAAUGACUGUUAAAAGAAUAUAAAAAGUGAAAUUAGUUUUUCCACGAAAAAGUGAAAACAUUGAAAAACAUCGUCCGACUGCUGACGCAACAGCAUCCGCGUCGAACGAUGAUAACGAACUCCCUCUUUUUGGGAAUAAGGCCCUAAAACCUUAUCCCACUUUUUCUCUAGGGUGUUGGCUCAUGUAAAGAUAUAAAAAGCCGAUGCCCAAUGCAUCACUCUCUCAGCUCAGCUCACACUCGUACACUCUCACAUCAACCAGAAAUUAUAAUAGUGCGGCUUAUAACACGCAAGUAAACUCUCGGUUUAAAUCGAUUAUAUUAUUCUUUUGACACGAAGUUAUUUGUCACAUAAUAAUUGUAAACCCAAGUGUAUAUUUAUCCAAAUUCUUCGACUAUUCUAUUUUAUAUGAAUAAAUCAAACAUAUUUAUUCUUUAAAUCACGACCAAGUUAUUUCGAGCUUUCGAGAACUACCCCGUAUCCGAAGAUCUACAGUCACGUCCAAUUCAAAUAAUUCGCGCCGGCAACUCACAAGCCGACACGACUCCAGGACGUAACAUAAUAAUAAUAAAAUAAAUGCAUGCCAGGACUGGUUGGUAGUUAGGAUGUUAGAAAAAUACGCAUAUUUAAAAAUAUAACAAUAUUUUUAUUUGUCACAGCACAAAAUAUCACUGGGUUACAAAUUAAAUCGUUGAUUUAAUUUAUUAAUACUGUUAAAUGUCGAGCUCAUGAAUACGUAAAUGAUUGAAUAUAAAUUAUUGAAUUGAGCUCGAAUAAAUAAACGAAUUAAAAUAAUUAAGUUGAGUUGAAUUGAACUCUGAAUUGAUUGCAAAAAUGUCUGAAUGAAAAGUAACAUGAAAUCAGAGGUUACCGAGCGAAGUUAAUUAUUGAACACGUUAAUUACUAUUUUUAAUAGCACUGAAUACAUAACUAAUUUAGUUAUUGAGUUUUAAUAAUGAUAAUCACCUAAUUUAAUUUAAUUUAAUGAGCUCAUAAUAAAUUACACUGAUUUUAAUUUUUUUGUUGAACACGUGGUAGCAUGAUUGCAGAGGCUACUGAGCGAAAAAUAACUUUUAAUUUAAUUAGGAAAUUGAGCUUAAU